GUAUUUCCGUCAUCCGAUAGGCCCGGGAUAACCCCCGGCUGCAAUCACGCCACGGACGAACAUCCUGCGUCAUCAGCAUCAUGCCUUGGUAUGCACCAUGGUCGGACGUGAUCAAGAAGAAGAUCUGCCGCUUUCUGCUCCAGCGCUAUUUGGGCCAGUUUCUGGAGGAGAAGCUGACGCUCGAUCAGCUGAACGUUGACUUCUACAAUGGUACCGGAACAGUGAACAACGUCACACUUUACUGCCAGGCACUAAAUGAACUCUGCGAAGGGCAAGGAUGGGGCAUCGAGGUAACGGGAGGCCACAUCGGUUCGGUUACCGUGAACGUACCGUACGAUUCACUACUCGCCAAGGACAGCUCGAUCGAGGUGUCCAACCUAAUGAUAAGUUUGCGACCGAAGGCUCGACCCACCGAUGGUACCUCGAUGCUCGAAUCCAUGUGGUCCUCCAUGUCCAGCUCGAUGCAGCUAGCGCAAGAAUAUCUGGAACGGGAAAGUACGGGCGGUAGCAUAGCGGACGGACACUCAACACACGGUGGUCAGAACCAUGGACGGGGGGGCCUUGCCAGUGCGUCCGGUUCCGGCCAACAGUUGCCCCAGAGUGCCAUGGAAGGGCUGGAGAACUUUGCACAAAUUAUUGACAAUGUGCUAAAUAGGAUUAAGGCAAAACUUUAUGACAGCGAAAUUAGAAUAGAAUAUUUGUCACCGGAAGGUGAUCGUGGGGUGGCUGUGAUAGUGAAAAUCAAAAGUAUCGAUUACCAGAAUGAGGCUGGUAAUGAUCCGCCCGAUCGUAGCCCUAAAACGUCAACGUCAUCGUCAUCCGGCUCGGAUGUGUCGGAUCACACCGUCACCGGUGGUGGAAGCGGCAACAGACAACAGCAGCAAAAAUCGUUCCUCAUUGCGACACACGCCACCCAUCACAUAACGAUCGAAGGCAUCACAUUCUACACCGAAGAGUUUCGGAUAGACAAUCCGCGUGUGCGUCGCCAGCAACAGCAGGGUAUGGCGGAUGCGACGGAAUCGACGACGGUACCGCAGUAUGCAGAAAGUAUGAUAGACAGUGAACAGUUCCGCAGCACGAUCUCACACAUGUCGGAAGGCGGUUCGCCACCGAACGUACCGGCUAGCGAGGCAGAUGGAUACUUUAACUAUAGCCACACAAGCGCAUGUGAUAAUAGCGGUCCCAGUAGCCGAGGGACAGAGUUUUAUAGGCGUAGCAACAGUAGCGGCACGGAUCGUGAAACGGAUCCGAGCGAAGAGGAAGAUGUGGAGAGUGAGGAUGAACUAGGCAAUGCUGGGUUGCGAAUGUAUCGGUCCGGGGAGAUCAUUGUUGGAAAGAUCACCUCCAAGCAGGAGAUACGGCUAAAGAUGAAACAAACGGACAACCUGCCCGGACCGAACGUGGAGCUGGAGCUGUCCGUUGGUUCGAUCCAGCUAUUUCUUACACCUCGGCAGCUACAUUCGCUCGUAUUGGUUUGUGAUAGUUUUCUGGGUGGCAAUGAAGAGCCUCCACCGCAACCGACAGCAAGGGAGAUGAAAGCAGCAUCCGCCGCCAAGCGCCAGGAAGCUGCGACGUCAGCAUCAGAAAUGGAUUACCAGCACAACAUGACACGUAUGGGCGGUGGAAUCGGCAUCAAUCAGGGCUGGUCGCUUGCCGAUCCGAUGCAAACGAUGAUCGAGGAGCAGGCCGAGUUUUUGCAGCGCGAUGAAUACCGGGGUGACGGUGGUGAAGACUACUCGGAAUCAAUCAUAUCAUCCACCAGCUCCAUGACUAGCUCGUUCACCUCGAACAGUACGGCUUCGGGAACGACCGCGACUUCGGCAGCUAGCCGUAGGCGCAUGAUUGAUCCGGAUGCAAAUGCGGACAUUUCCAAGUUUAACGUCCGCGUAGCGGCCAUCGCACUGGUACUGCUUCAUGAAGAUAUUUUGUUGGAAAGUAGUCAGCUAGGUGCGGUAGAAUCACCCCUAUCAGAAGCGAGUGUACAGCAGCUACAAACGAAAGCGGAUCGGUUCUUCCGUUCGAUCGGUAACCUGGGACUUGGACUCGGUGCUAAUGACGUAACUAAUGCUGGACUAGUGCUGGACAGUGGAUGUGAUUGUAGUCACUUACGAUUGUUUCUAGCACCGCUAAUACUCGAAGGUGACGAGCAACGGAAUCGAUGCGGUUCACUGUUACGUUUUUCGGUUUCAAUCGCACGAGCCGAUCUGCGCGAAGUACUGUUGGAAGUUUCUGUCCCACUAGUAGAAUUCUAUCGUGAACAGCGACCUAACACAUCCGGCAGUUCUUUGCCAAAGCGACCCGAAAUUAGUGUAACGUUCGAACAGAGCAGUAACGCUUUGCGAGGCUCAAGCGGCAAACGAUUUUCGCCUCCACGUACGAAAAUACACGUUAUGAUGGCACCGUUUCUGACGGAGUUUGACAUUACCAUACUGGAUCGAUUGAGUUCACUGCUAUAUCAAGCUCCCUUCACAUCCUACUACCAUAAAACGGCUAGUAGUUCACCCAAUUCCUCGUCACCAAACACCAGUACGUCAUCUGGUGGUGGUCGCUCUAAGCUGGAAGCAAAAACCGAUCUCCAGCUUGAAUCGUUAGCGGUAGACUUUCGAUUACGGUUUCCCAUCCCCGACUUGCGACCAAUACACGAUCCUCAGCGCGUUCCUUGGUGGAGACGAAACAUUCGGCCCGACUUCUUGCUCCUAAAGCUGGAAUUGGUGCGCACGGGAAUUGCGCUCAGUCCGCAUCCUGUGUAUGAUAUUUCGGCGAACGAAAUUAAACUAUUCUACCACGAAUCGGAACCGAAAGCAGCAACAUCCGGAACCGUUUCCGGAGGUGUAAAUAUAGGCAAAACUGUGAUGCAAGAGAAUGCUGCUCCCGGGCAGGUCCCUUCGGUUGAAUAUCCGAGAAUAAUCAUCGAGAUCCCAAGUGAAUCAUCGUUACAGAAGGCUCUCGACGAACAGCUGCAACAGUCGGCACAGUGUGGGGCCGCUAGCAAGGGUCACACAAAACCACACACAGCUUCCGGGCAUCAUCAUCGCGCCUAUGAAGAGAGCGAUAGUGAUCCUACUUCUGGGGAAAGUAUCGGCGUAACUACUGGACGCUGCAAAGAGGACACACCGUUCAGUGCGAAACGUGUCUGUCGGGAAAGUGAUACACCACAUUCGAAGACAUCCACUACGGGCGUGUCUUCGGAUACGCCGGAAACGCUCACACUACCGGGUGAUACGGAUGAAAUGAACACGUUUUGUUCGCGCGCGAUGAAGCGUGCUAAAUUGCAGAUUCGCGUGGAUCUUCCUGUCGUUAGUUUGCAGAUGAAAUCGAAACAUUUGUACGAAGUUAUCUACAAUCGCAUCAGCACGGAUCUGUUACUAUGGGAACCCAGUGCGCCAUCGGCGACGGCUGCAGCGGAGGCUCAACUAAAUGCACAGCAAACGGCACGUGUUUCCUUCCGCGAGCCCGAGAUUAGUCUCGCCGGUAUGGGCAUGAUGGACUCGAUCUACAUGCCCUACACAAUGUGCCAAAGUGGUAUCCAGUUGGAUUCCAGUUCGUCCGCAACCAAUUCCGAAUCGGAAUCCGAUUCCGAUGGUAUUUUCUACUCGGUCUACGAUCGUACGCGCGGUGCCACCCUUGAUGGUGGUGGUGCUUCUGGUGGUGCUCCUGGAGCUGGACGAAAGUCAUCUUCCCAUUCUCACCGCAGCUCAUCGCACGGUGGUAAGCUAGCACCAUCGGCUACUGGCACCGACACAAACACCGUAGCAUUUCGACUAAAUAUCGGCCAAGGGGUGCUAACGAUGUUUGCUCCCGUUCGCGACGCUCAGAAGCACGUUAUUCCGGGACAAUUUGGAGAGUUUGUGAUACGAUUGGCUGCGGGUUAUAUCUUCUCGGUGAGCGGAUUCCAUGGCAAUUCAAACCUAGGCUAUCUCUGCAUUCAGGCAAAAUCGGCCGAAUUUUACCACUGUGGACUGAUUCCUACACCGUGCAACAGUCCACCGUUACGUUUGAUCAACAGUGUCCUACCGUCGUAUCUGCAGAGCACGCUGUAUCCAACGCCGAAAAAUUUAACGCUACACGAACAACGUGGAUGUACGAAUCGGGAGAUGCUGUCGCUCGCUAUUCAGAUUAAAACGGUGCCCGAUUUAGCGGUCAAACGCAUACGGUUGGCGGCUGGUAUACAGCUAACAACCCUGCGACAUCAUUCCACAUUGCAGCAACAUGCAUGGCUGACGCAACUGCUCGAUAUGCUGGAUGUGGUGGAUUAUCCGGUACAGGGAUACGUACCACUAGGGGUUGUUACCGAGAUGCAUCUACAUCUGUGGGACUGCGCCAUUGAUUAUCGGCCGCUCUACUUCCCGUACCGGGCGGUAAUAACUGUUGGUUCGUUUAUGAUUAGCAGUAAUAUUACGACCACCAGCAGUGGAUUGACCCUAAACUUUAUCGCGGAAGAUGUCACAUUGUCGCUGGCACCGCAACAAAUCGCCAUCUCGGGAACGGGUGCAAAAGAUUCGUCCAACAGCAGUAGCAGCAGCAGCAGCGGACACCAAGCAAUGGCGAACAAUAGUAGCAAAAUCACCGUCCUUCCGUCGAACGAGCUGGUGUGCGUGCUGGAGGUGGGCUUGUUCGAGAUUUCACUGAUGCUUAACGAGCGUGUGACAGUAAAGUUCCCCAAGUUUGAUUUGCGCACUGCCAUCAACGAUGUUCACGUGCGAACGUGUGCCGAUUCGGCACGUGCAUUAGCACAGUUGAUUGGUUAUCUAGCGGCAGAAGGAGAUUUACUGUUGCCGGAAGGAGAUUCGGAAACUUCGACGAGUGGAGCUGGAAUUUCAUCAGCUGGCGGAUCGGACGCUGCAAUCGGUGGUGUUGGAGCUCUGGAGCCUAAGGAUGGCCUCAUGCAAGGUCUUCCGAUGGGUGGUGAAUCGGAAGGUGAAUUACUACCGGUACGUCCACCAUCCAGCGCUAGUGGGCCGGUGGUAACACCAAAACAGCAACAGCACGUUAACACACUGAUGGCCGACGCAAUGGAGGAAAGCUUGUACAUCGAGAGUACGUCAAGUGGUGAUGGAACAGGAGACGAUCCGCUACUUGGCGGGGGUGGUGGUGAUGGUGCUGGUGUGGAGAUGUUUUUCUUCCCGGAUGAGCGGCAACGGCGAACCAAGGACGAAAAGGAUCCCGUUGGAGGUAACAGCAACAAACGACGCUUCGGUUCGGAUGAUGAUUCGUUAAGCAUUGAUGAUGGUUCCAGUAUACCAUCAUCCUAUCACGAUGAUGAUCACUACUUGAGGCAACAUGAUCACACCAGUGGAGCACAUCUCACCGGUGCAGAUGUGGAUGAUGAUAAUGCGAGUGUUAAUAUGCGCGAACUGAUGAAUUUUGAGCGUUCCGUGCUUGGGCAGCAUCCGAUGAAUUAUGGAAUUGGAGAUGAUGAUGAUGAUGAUACGGGUGUGGAAGCCCUACCACAGGUAACGAAAGAGCUCGGAGAUGUGAACAAACAUCGCGUUGAUGCACCUAAUGUGGGCACACAUUUCCCUCAGCGAAAAAUUAGCUCCGAUACGGAUGAUGAUUUUUGCAUCAUUGCGGAUGAAGAACGACCCCAUCGGGGAGAGGAUGCACACAACCAGGAGGUGCCGGUUUCGGAAGAUCCAAUCCGCAUUGUGGACAAUCAUUUCAGCAUACCGAGUGGAAAGCCUGAUCUGUUGAAGGCUCCGGAAGACUUCCCCAGCGCAGUGGAACGGUACACAAUUUGUGAGAUGACGGUAACGUGGCACAUUUACGGUGGGCGCGAUUUUCUCACCAAAGACGAUCGGCGUCGUAAAGUGAAGCAGCAGUCCACAGUUGGGAAGACGGAUAAGCAGACGACUGUAGCUACAACCGUCGGUACCGUCCAUUUGCCUACUGCUCUGCCGAUGUCGGAAGCGUACAAAUCGGGCGUAAGUUACUCAAAAGGAUCGCCAUCGGUAAGCUUCGGAGGUCCGGCUAACGCUGCAUUGGCGAAGCUUACGUGGAAAACACGUGGUGGGCCCGACCGUAAGCAUGACGUGACGAUGGAAAUUCACAUCAGUAAGGUACAGUUUUCGCACGAAACGUAUCCAUCCAACACGAAGGAAGCGUCCCGCCAGGUGCUACUGAUCAACGAGCUGGAAAUUGUGGAUGGGUUGGCCGUAUCGAACAUUAAGAAAUUCCUUUACCAUCCCAAGCUGCCGAGCCGACCAACGAGCAAACAGAGCACGAAUCAUAUGGUGGUCAUCAAAGCACUGCACAUGCGUCCCAAUCCCGCCCUUGCUGCGCAGGAAUGCUGUCUCCGGGUGUCCGUACUACCGAUACGGCUUAACAUUGAUCAAGAUUCGUUACUGUUUUUGAUCAACUUUUUCAACCAACUCGGUGGUGGUGGUGAUAUUAACGAUGCAACGGUACCGACUGCUAGCGGUGGUGUUCCAAAUACCGGUGGUCGCAAUUCCCAAACUACUACGCCGGCCCAUCAACCGCCGGUAAUGACGGUGGAAUCAAUUCCCGAUGCGGUGCAGGAACUGCAGGCGAAGAAGAUGGUGUCGGAAAAUUUGAUGCUACUGAUCGAGGAGGAGGAAAAGCACAAAGCCGACACACAGGAGAGUGGUGCGGCGUACAGUGAGGCCGGUGAUACGGCACCGAUAUACUUCCGUAAUGUGAUCUUCAGUCCGGAUGUGCCGAUACGCAUCGAUUAUCAUGGAAAGCGAAUGGAGUUGUCGCACGGUUCGUUGGCCGGAUUGUUGAUGGGUUUAGGGCAGUUGCAGUGUUCGGAAAUAAGGUUAAAGAAAAUUUCCUACCGGCACGGUUUGCUCGGGGUGGACAGGUUGUUGAACUUCUUGCUGCAGGAAUGGUUGCAGGAUAUUAAAAAACAUCAGCUGCCGAAGAUUAUCGGUGGUUUUGGACCGAUGUACUCGCUGGUGCAGCUAUUGCAAGGUAUUUGGGAUUUGUUUUGGUUGCCGAUUGAGCAGUACCAAAAGGAUGGACGCAUUGUGCGAGGACUACAGCGUGGCGCACAAAGCUUUACCGCCCGUACGGCGCUGGCUGCUUUGGAGAUUACCACCCGAAUCAUACAUUUGCUACAGAUAACGGCUGAAACGGCGUACGAUAUGAUUUCACCCGGACCCUCGAUCCGGCGCGGUCGUGGAAACCGCAAAGGUAAAAGGAAGCGUCUGCAUCCACCGCAAGAUAUUCGCGAGGGAAUGUCCAACGCCAUACAGAUAGUACGAGAGGGUAUCACUGAGACGGCACACAAUCUAGUGGAGAUCACUGCCCUCGAGCAUGAUCAGAAAGGUUAUACCGGUGCCGUCGGUGCGGUGAUGCGCCAAAUACCGCCGAUCGUGGUACAGCCGAUCGUGUUGGCCACACAGGCCACCAGCAACGUGCUCGGUGGUGUGAAAAAUCAGCUCGUACCGGAUGCGCGUGCCGAAGCGCGGGAAAAGUAUAAGGACGAUGUGGAGUAA